AAGAAGACUUUUCACUUUCAUUUUCUUCUUUUCCUCCAAAUUCUAACCUCGAACACCACCACCACCUUCUUCGUCUUCGUCUUCUCUUCACGAUCUCUCUUCAUUUUCUUUACUUUCUUUCCUUCUUCCAUUCAUUACUUUCUCCUCUCUUCCCUUCCGCCAUUAAUUUACCUUCUCCAAAUAGGCAUUCUUUCUUGCUAUUCUCAGCCCAAUGACGGUCAUGACUCCUGCUCCUAUCGCCCAAGAAGACGAUGAGAUGCUCGUUCCGAAUUCUGAUAUUACCGAUAAUCAUCAACCUAUGGAAGUUGUUGCGCAAGCCGAAUCUGCUAGUACUAAUAAUAAUAAUGCUGAGAUUCAACCUGUGGAGGAUCCAUCUUCGUCCAGGUUUACUUGGAAAAUUGAUAAUUUCUCGAGGUUGAAUGCUAAGAAGCAUUAUUCGGACGUGUUUGUUGUUGGCGGUUUUAAAUGGAGGAUACUUAUAUUUCCUAAAGGGAACAAUGUGGAUUACUUGUCGAUGUAUCUUGAUGUUGCUGAUGCUCAGACUUUGCCUUAUGGGUGGAGUAGGUAUGCACAGUUCAGCGUAGCUGUGGUCAAUCAAAUUCAUAACAAGUAUUCGGUGAGAAAAGAUACACAACACCAGUUCAAUGCUCGGGAAAGUGACUGGGGGUUUACAUCAUUUAUGCCUUUAAGUGAGUUAUAUGAUCCCAGCAGAGGUUAUCUUGUAAAUGAUACCGUCGUUGUGGAGGCUGAGGUUGUUGUUCGUAAGAUUGUGGACUAUUGGUCCUAUGAUUCAAAGAAAGAGACUGGAUUUGUUGGAUUGAAGAAUCAAGGAGCUACAUGCUAUAUGAAUUCACUGCUUCAGACACUAUUUCACAUUCCUUAUUUUAGGAAGGCUGUGUAUCAUAUGCCCACAACUGAGAAUGAUAUUCCAUCCGCAAGCAUUCCUUUGGCUCUUCAGAGUUUAUUCUACAAACUUCAGUACAGUGAUAGCAGCGUUGCAACAAAAGAAUUGACUAAAUCUUUUGGAUGGGAUACAUAUGAUUCAUUCAUGCAACAUGAUGUCCAGGAGCUUAAUAGAGUCCUUUGCGAAAAGCUUGAAGACAAAAUGAAGGGUACUGUUGUUGAGGGGACUAUUCAGCAACUGUUUGAAGGGCAUCAUAUGAAUUAUAUUGAGUGUGUAAAUGUGAAUUACAAAUCGACAAGGAAAGAGUCCUUUUAUGAUCUUCAACUUGAUGUUAAAGGAUGUCGUGACGUUUAUGCUUCUUUUGAUAAAUAUGUGGAAGUUGAAAGAUUGGAAGGUGAUAAUAAGUAUCACGCUGAACAAUAUGGUUUACAGGAUGCUAGGAAGGGUGUGUUAUUCAUUGAUUUUCCCCCAGUUCUUCAAUUGCAGCUUAAACGAUUUGAAUAUGAUUUUAUGCGUGAUACCAUGGUGAAGAUAAAUGAUCGUUAUGAAUUCCCUCUUCAACUUGAUCUCGAUCGUGAUGAUGGGAAAUACUUAUCUCCUGAUGCUGAUAGAAGUGUCCGUAACCUUUACACACUCCACAGUGUUCUGGUACAUAGCGGUGGAGUGCACGGUGGACAUUACUACGCAUUUAUAAGACCAACUCUUUCUGAUCAAUGGUACAAGUUUGAUGAUGAACGAGUUACCAAGGAAGAUAUAAAGAGAGCUCUGGAGGAGCAGUAUGGUGGUGAAGAGGAGUUGCCACAACCAAAUCCUGGUUUCAACAACACUCCCUUCAAAUUCACAAAAUAUUCAAAUGCAUAUAUGCUUGUUUAUAUACGUGAAAGUGACAAAGAUAAAAUUAUGUGUAAUGUGGACGAAAAAGACGUUGCAGAACAUCUCAGGGAACGUUUAAAGAGGGAGCAAGAGGAGAAAGAGCAUAAAAAGAAGGAAAAGGCAGAGGCACAUCUUUACACCAUUAUAAAGGUUGCUCGAGAUGAUGACCUAACUGAACAGAUAGGAAAGGAUAUCUUUUUUGAUCUAGUGGACCAUGACAAAGUUAAAUCUUUUCGUAUUCAGAAGCAAAUGCCAUUUAAUCUUUUCAAGGAGGAGGUUGCUAAAGAAUUCGGCAUCCCUGUUCAAUUUCAGCGGUUUUGGCUUUGGGCAAAGCGUCAAAAUCAUACGUAUCGACCAAAUCGGCCGUUGACACAUGUGGAAGAAACCCAAUCUGUUGGACAACUAAGGGAGGUGUCAAAUAAAGUUCAUAAUGCUGAACUUAAAUUGUUCUUGGAAGUAGAGCUUGGAAUAGAUUUACGACCUAUUCCACCUCCGGACAAGACAAAGGAUGAGAUUCUGUUGUUCUUUAAGCAUUAUGAUCCUGAGAAAGAGGAGCUCCGUUUUGUAGGAAGGCUUUUUGUCAAGGCCAAUGGUAAACCAGGAGAAAUUAUUGGAAAGUUAAAGGAAAUGUCUGGCUAUGGUGCUGAAGAAGAAAUUGAAUUAUACGAGGAAAUAAAGUUUGAACCAACUGUUAUGUGUGAACAUAUUGACCGAAAACUCACAUUUCGUGGGAGCCAGCUUGAAGAUGGAGAUAUUGUGUGUUUCCAAAAAGUUCUUCCAGCUGAAACUGUUGAAAGAUGCCGAUAUCCAGAUGUUCCCUCGUUCUUGGACUAUGUGCAUAAUCGGCAAGUUGUCCAUUUCAGAUCAGUGGAGAGACCUAAAGAAGAUGAUUUUUGCCUGGAGUUGUCAAGACUUCAUACUUAUGAUGAUGUGGUGGAAAGAGUGGCUCGUCAACUUGGGUUGGAUGAUCCAUCUAAACUUAGACUUACAUCUCACAACUGCUAUUCUCAGCAGCCAAAGCCCCAGCCUAUUAAGUAUCGGGGUGUGGAUCAUUUGUCAGAUAUGUUAGUCCACUACAAUCAGACUUCUGACAUACUGUACUAUGAAGUUCUGGAUAUACCGUUGCCAGAAUUGCAAGGCUUGAAAACAUUGAAAGUUGCUUUCCAUCAUUCAACAAAAGAUGAAGUGACCAUUCACACAAUCAGGUUGCCUAAGCAGAGUACAGUGGGGGAUGUUCUUAAUGAUCUUAAGACAAAGGUUGAAUUGUCACAUCCUGAUGCUGAGCUAAGGCUGCUUGAAGUAUUUUAUCACAAGAUCUAUAAGAUAUUCCCUUCCAGUGAAAAGAUUGAGAACAUAAAUGAUCAAUACUGGACAUUACGAGCUGAAGAGAUUCCUGAAGAGGAGAAGAAUCUUGGUCCUCAGGACCGGCUUGUUCAUGUGUACCAUUUUACUAAGGAGACAGCCCAGAACCAAAUGCAAGUACAGAACUUUGGUGAGCCUUUUUUAUUGGUGAUCCAUGAGGGAGAAACCUUAGCUGAGGUCAAGGUGAGAGUACAGAAGAAAUUGCAGGUUCCAGAUGAAGAAUUUUCCAAGUGGAAGUUUGCUUUCCUUUCAUUAGGUCGUCCAGAAUACCUCCAGGAUACUGAUGUUAUUUCGAGUCGUUUUCAGAGAAGAGAUGUUUAUGGUGCUUGGGAACAGUAUCUUGGAUUAGAACAUGCUGACACAGCUCCUAAAAGAAUGUACACUGCAAACCAGAAUCGCCAUACAUAUGAGAAGCCUGUAAAAAUCUACAAUUAGGGUUAUUUUGGGGAUUGAAUUUUCAUUGCAUGGGGUGAUUCUGGCAACCUCGAAGGGCUCCAUACAUAUGAGAAGAGUCACUACUUAGCAAAUCAGAUGUCUCUUUGAGUAUAGAACUCAGAUUGACAUGGGCAAAAAUCUAGAAUGCAUUUUCUGAUCCAUAUUUCUUUUUCAUAGUGUUUGUGUUGAAGAUCCAUUUUCUGAUGCCCAUAAUUUGACACUUGAUGCAGCCACAAGUUCACAACUAAAACCCUCGUCAAGCUUUUCAAAUCCCGAAUUUUCUCUUAUGAUGUUGGAUUCUAUUGCUGUACGUGUUCAUCGGUACCUAGUAUAUGUUGUAAGUUUAAGAAAACAGUACAUAAACGAGAUUUUGGCUUUAGGAAUGUAUACAGAGUAUAGUUGAGGUGCGCACUAUUUUUUUUUUCUUCGUUUUCUCACGUCUUUUAUAGGCAUGUUUAGUAAGCGUAUGGGGGUUUUUGGACUGGUAAUUAUUGUUUGUUACUCAGCUGCCCCUCUUUUUAGUUAUUGUCUUUUACUUGUAAUUUUGUAAAAGAAGUUUGUCAGGUACAGCCUCGACAAAUUAUAAUCAGUUAAAAUUUCAUAUUUCCGGUUCUUUUUGUAAUACAAUUAUAUUGAGUUGAUCUGAGUCUCUGUUUUCAAGUUCAAAAUUAUGAAGGUUCAGUUACUGUA